AUGGAUGAGACUGAUUUGGGUACUCCAGCCGAUGCUGAGUUGGCUGCCAACAUGAAGACGUUCCAAGAGUUCCUUGAACAGACCAAAUACAAGUCCAAGAUAGACGAUAUGGUGACCAAGAGCCAGAUCCGGUUGUCCGUGUCCUUGGACGAUUUGCGUGACUUCAAUGACGAGUUUUGGGUCGGCCUAUUGAAUCGACCAGCUGAUAUUCUUCCUGCUUGUGAGAAGGCGUUAACAGAGUACAUUGUACUCAAUGUUCAAACUCCGCCUAGUAACACGUUCUAUGUCCUGUUUACUGGUGCUCUUGGAUCGCACCAAGUGACUCCCAGAAGCAUCAACUCUUCGUUCCUUUCUAAAAUGGUAUCUAUAGAAGGUAUAGUUACCCGAGCUUCGUUGAUCAGACCAAAGAUCAUCAAAUCGGUUCAUUAUGCUGAAAAGUCCGGGAAGUUCUACUCCAGAGAGUAUAAAGAUCAAACCACCUCUUUUGAUCCCAUAGCUACUCCAGCCAUUUAUCCUACAGAAGAUAUGGAUGGGAAUAAGUUGGUAACAGAAUACGGCUAUUCAACAUAUCGUGAUCAUCAAAGAUUAACUAUCCAGGAAAUGCCAGAACUUGCUCCUGCUGGUCAGUUGCCCAGAUCUGUGGAUAUCAUUUUGGAUGAUGAUUUGGUAGAUGUAACUAAACCCGGUGAUCGGGUGCAAGUAGUUGGUGUAUAUCGGGCUUUAGGGGGAGGUGGUAAUACCAGUUCUGCGUUUAAAACCGUUAUUAUCGCUAACUCUGUUUAUCCUUUACAUGCUCGUUCCACCGGGGUUGCAGCCAAGGAAAAGUUAACUCCUAAUGAUAUCAGAGAAUUCAAUAAAUUCUCCAAGAAGAAGAAAGUAUUUGAGAUUUUGGCAGAAUCGUUAGCCCCUUCUAUCUACGGGUUUGACUAUAUAAAGCAAGCAGUUCUAUUAAUGCUUUUAGGUGGUGUGGAAAAGAACUUGGAGAAUGGUGCACAUUUAAGAGGUGAUAUUAAUAUCUUAAUGGUUGGUGAUCCUUCCACUGCUAAAUCCCAAAUGUUACGGUUUGUUUUAAACACUGCUUCUUUAGCCAUAGCUACAACCGGUAGAGGUUCCUCCGGUGUGGGGUUGACAGCAGCAGUGACCACGGAUAAAGAAACCGGUGAAAGAAGAUUAGAAGCAGGUGCCAUGGUUCUAGCAGACCGAGGUAUUGUUUGUAUUGAUGAAUUCGAUAAAAUGUCAGACUCGGAUAGAGUAGCUAUUCAUGAAGUUAUGGAACAACAAACAGUCACUAUUGCGAAGGCAGGUAUUCAUACGACUUUGAAUGCUCGAUGUUCUGUUAUUGCAGCUGCCAAUCCUGUUUUUGGUCAGUAUGAUGUUCAUAAAGAUCCUCAUAAGAACAUUGCUUUACCAGAUUCUCUUUUAUCACGUUUUGAUUUGUUAUUCAUUGUCACAGAUGAUAUCAAUGAUCAAAAGGAUAGAACCAUUUCUGAACAUGUUUUAAGAAUGCAUAGAUUUAUAUCUCCUGGGUUGGCAAUGGGUGAACCAGUUAGAGAGAAAACCAAUUUACUGUUGGCAGUGGGCGUGGAGGAAACUCCGGAAGAAGAAAUGGAAGAGCAAGUUAUGUUUGAUAGAUUUAAUUCCUUAUUGUUACUGUCAGAUGGAGCUACUUCAAGAUCCAACAGAUCAAAAACCAGAGUAUCCAUUCCAUUUUUAAAGAAAUAUAUUCAAUAUGCUAAGCAAAGAUUUAAGCCAAUUUUAACUGAGGUGGCUUCUAGAAAGAUUGUUUCAACUUAUACUACUUUAAGAAAUCAAGAAUUAGGCACUUCAGAAAGAAACACAGCUCCUGUGACUGCAAGAACGUUGGAAACGUUGAUUCGUUUGGCCACAGCCCAUGCCAAGGUGAGAUUGAGCAAGUCAGUUGAAUUGCAGGAUGCCAAAGUUGCUGAAGAAAUGUUAAGAUUUGCAUUAUUCAAAGAGAUGCAAAAGAAGAAACGUAGGACUAAGAGACAAAGAGUUGAAGAUUUGGAAGCUGAAGAUGAUGAGGAGGAGGAGGAAGAUGAGGAAGAUGAGGAACAGCAGACACCUCCUCCAGACAUUGAAGAUGAAUAUGUAAUGGUUGAGAAUGAACCAGCAAGUACUACUCGGGCUCAAAGAGCAGCUUUAAGACAACAAAUUGGUGAGGUCACACCUACUAGAACCAGUGGUGGUGGAAAUGUAUUGGAAGAAAUGAAUAGAACCACCAUUCAAACCAUUAGUCAAGAGAGAUAUGCGUUGCUCCGGAGAUUCCUUUCGUCGUUGCGGAAGCCUGAUGAAGUCAAUGAAAUCGACGGCAGUACUUGUACUGUGGAAGAAUUCAAGACAUAUUUGAACGACAAUGUUCAACAAGAAGAAAUGUUCACCGACAGUGAAGUUGAUGCUGGGUUGAAUAAGUUACUGCAAGAGAAUAAGAUCAUGUAUGAACAAGGUAAGAUUUGGAUCAUUUAA